CCAGCUCGGGAGCGGGUCCUAUCCCGGGUGAGCGCGAGCUGCACGUGCGUUAACGUGGUUCGCCAGCGACAGCGAUGGACGCUUUGGACCGGGUAGUAAAGCCCAAGACCAAAAGAGCAAAGAGAUUUCUUGAGAAGAGAGAGCCGAAGCUCAGUGAAAAUAUUAAAAAUGCCAUGUUGAUUAAAGGGGGAAAUGCAAAUUUGACAGUAACCCAAGUGCUUAGAGAUGUGUAUGCACUGAAGAAACCAUAUGGCGUUCUAUAUAAAAAGAAAAAUAUCACAAGACCAUUUGAGGAUCAGACCUCAUUGGAAUUCUUUUCAAAGAAGUCAGAUUGUUCUUUAUUCAUGUUUGGUUCCCACAAUAAGAAGCGGCCAAAUAAUCUAGUAAUAGGUCGUAUGUAUGACUACCAUGUGCUGGAUAUGAUUGAAUUAGGUAUUGAGAAGUUUGUCUCUCUGAAAGACAUUAAGAAUAGUAAAUGUCCUGAGGGAACAAAACCCAUGUUAAUAUUUGCUGGUGAUGAUUUUGAUACAACAGAAGACUAUAGAAGGUUAAAAAGUCUCCUUAUUGAUUUCUUCAGAGGCCCCACAGUAUCAAAUAUCCGCUUGGCUGGUUUAGAGUAUGUUCUGCACUUCACUGCGCUGAAUGGGAAGAUUUACUUUCGAAGCUAUAAGUUGCUGUUGAAGAAAUCCGGUUGCAGAACACCGCGGAUUGAAUUGGAAGAGAUGGGUCCCUCGUUAGAUCUGGUUAUGAGGAGAACACAUCUGGCAUCAGAUGACCUUUAUAAGUUAUCUAUGAAAAUGCCAAAAGCCCUCAAGCCAAAGAAGAAGAAAAAUAUCUCCCAUGAUACUUUUGGUACAACUUAUGGAAGAAUUCAUAUGCAGAAGCAAGACCUAAGCAAACUACAAACCAGGAAAAUGAAGGGAUUGAAGAAACGACCUGCAGAAAGGAUAAUAGAAGACCAGGAGAAAAAAUCAAAGAGAGUUAAAAAAAAUUGAUGGAACUUA